ACCGAAAGGUCGAAUCUUUCUGCAGCUCUAGAGACAUCGUCCACAGCAAUUCAAACGUGGACUUUUCUGCAGCUCUAGAGACAUCGUCCACGGCAAUUCAAACUUGUACACUUUUGUGUGCUUUUCAGCAAUUCAAAAACUCUCUUCUCACAUUGAUUUGCGGUAAGGGUAUUUCUGUAAAUGGCUCCCACCUUUUUUUUUUUGAACGUGGGAUAUGUCGACAAAAUUUUGCAUCGCCUCUUCAAUCUUUUCUUUCUCCCCUGCCUCGGGCCUAUCCUCCCCUUCCUCUUCUCUACUCACGAUCUAAACCCCAAUUGAUUGGGAUUUCUCUUCGAUCUCUUCCAUCUGCUGGAAUUACAUAUCUGAUGUCUUCCCUGUGAAUCUGUAGGUCAUGCUUUGCUCCUUUUGGUUUGCCUUCCCACAACAAUGGAGAAGUGGACCUGGAGAUCAGUUUCUUGAAGCCAUUUUUUCCCUGGGACGAGAGAUAUAGGCAUUGAAUUUGUGGGUUUAUUUAGUCCUUUAUAUUUUUUAGAUAUUUCAUUUCUAAUCGAUUGAAUUUGGUGAGCUUUUAGGAGGGCUCACACUGUUUGUAUUUCACACUUUUUAGGUUUUUUUAGUUUGAUUUUCCUUCCUUUGAAUCCUUAUACUGAUUUCGUGUACUUUCCAUUUCCUUUCCAUAAUCGACAGUCGACACAUGGGAAGAAAACCACAGCUCUCAUUUUUAUCCACCUCAUAUUCUUCACAAAUAUGGUCUUUCGUUCAUCGUAAGAAUACGUUUGGGGCUGUCGACUUGAUGCAUUUAUAACCUAAUGACCCGGAGUUGGAAACCAAAACUUUGGACUUCGGAAGUGAUACAGAGUGCUUGGUGUCUGGGUAUUCUGACUCGGACUAUGCUGGAGAUGUUGACACGAGGAGAUCGAUGACCGGUUAUGUAUUCACUCUUGGGAGUUCUGUAGUGAGCUGGAAGGCAACUUUGCAGUCGGCGGUGACAUUGUCUACCACUGAGGCAGAGUAUAUGGCGUUGAUAGAAGCUGCUAAGGAGGGAAUAUGGUUGAAGGGACUGGUUGGUGAUCUUGGUCUACAUCAUGAUCAGGCAGUGGUGUAUUGCGACAGUUUGAGUGCAAUAUGCUUGGCCAAGGAUCAAGUCCACCAUGAGAGGACUAAGCACAUCGAUGUGAGGUAUCAUUUCUUGAGGACAGAGAAGAGGAUUAAGGUGAAGAAGGUUGGCACCGUGGAUAAUCCUGCUGAUAUGUUCACGAAGCCGGUUCCACAUGGCAAGUUGCAACACUGCUUGGACUUGCUGAAUGUCUUGAGUGGGUGACUCCGCCCUGCGGGGCAUUGAUGG